AAGAAAACCUAUUUAAAUGGUGGUAUAAGUUUGAAAAAGAAUUCCCAAUACUCAGUAAAAUAGCAAGAAAUUACCUGUCGAUACAAGGAACUAGUGUUCCAAAUGAAUAUGCAUUUUCAAUUGCAGCUCAUACUGUUACAAAAAUUAGAAGUAAUCUUGCUCCAAAUUCA